AUGGACGGCGUCAAGCGAUAUUACAGCUCCCUCGAGACUCGCCUCGGGAAUUGGAUCGUCUACGGCGGUCGUGCCCACCUAGGCUACUACUCCCCAGAUGUGUGGUGGCCCUUUCCAGUGCAUCAGGCGCUGAUUGCAAUGGAAGAUCAAGUGUUUCGAUCGUUGCGUUUGAGCCCGGGUGCUCGAGUCCUCGAUGCCGGUUGCGGAGACGGUCAGGUGGCGAUCAAUUUCGCGCAGAAGGGACUGCAAGUCCAUGCCAUCGAUGUUCUUCCAGAGCACGUCCAACAAGCACAACAGAAUGUCCGGGAGGCUAUUGAUAAGGUUGACUGGAACGCCAAGCACAACUCAGACACAGUUACGCCCUUGGAUGCAUUGACGGUUCAGCAAGGUGACUAUCAUAAUCUUCAAACCUUGGGGAACGGUUCUCUGGACGGCAUCUACACCAUCGAGACACUAAUUCAUGCGACCGACCUGAAUCGCGUCUUGUCAGAGUUUUACCGAGUCCUCAAACCCGGAGGCAGAAUCGCCCUAUACGAAUAUGACCACUGGAGUGAGGACGAUUUUCACCAAACGAACCAAUCGGAACAGGGGGCUAUGGAUAAGGUUCGCUUGCAUGGUGCUAUCUCAAAUGCGGCAAACGGACAAUCCCCGUCACCCUCAGAGAACCGAAGCGAACAUGUUUGUCCACAGAAAAGCUUGGUUUGGAUGCUGAACGAGGUUGGCUUUGAGGAUGUUCAGGAGAGCGAUAUCUCGCAGAAUGUAAAACCAAUGAUUCGGUUUCUGGCUUAUAUCCUAUACGUCCCAUCCCUGAUGGUGUUAGCCCUGGGCUUGGAAGCGUAUUUUAUUAAUACUGUUGCUCUAGUCGCCAACCAUCUGCGUGGGUGGAAGUAUAUUGCGGUGACGGCGCGGAAACCUGCGACGGUAUCUGGCUAA